GUCAGUGAUUUGUGACGCACACGUUCCUCUGUGGAGGACUGAAUCAGCUCCUUAAAGUGCAGCAUCAGAACGUUUAAUAAGUCUCCAGAGCCUCAAUACAUCUAUAUCAGCUCUUUAUUAACAAACUGUACCACAUAUGAAGGACACUAACUCAAACAUUCACCCCCACCCCCCAAAAAAAUAAAAAUAUCACAUGAUCAAAACUGCAAAAAUCUCUGAAAAGUGACAAGAAUGCAGCAGAUAACUGUUAUUAAACAGAUUAAUAGACACAUCUUUGAUUUGGAGGUUGCAUGCAAAAGCAUGUGCCCUUCAGUAUGAAAAACUCAUUCCUGUUCAUUUUCAAAGGUGUAUAAUUUUGUGAUAUUUUGGACAGACUGGAACACUGUUUCUAUCAAUCUGCUUUCAGGAGCAUGACUCAGAUUUAUUGAUCAUCACUUAAGCAUGAAACAUUAAUGCUAGAUUAAAAUCCCAGUGGUGUGAGAAUGAUUGAGAAGUGCUGAGAGCCGAGCGUUUGAAUGAAAUCAACCCUGAAACACAGAAAGUUCAAGCCUGCUGAAGCGUUGUGCGGUUGAGCGUAUGUGUGCAUAUAAUAUAAAUGAGCUCAAACAACAGCAAUGAAACACAACCUUUACACAAGAUGGACAGAACAAACAGAGAGAGAGAUAAAGAGACAGACACAUGUAGACAUGUCUGAAGUUUUGACAGUAGAUGCCAUUUUCUUCGGCCUGCUGGUCUUCUCGGGCAUUAUCGGCAAUAUUCUCGUCAUCUAUGUGGUGUUGCAGUGCGCUAAAGAAAGCGGCUCUCAUCAUUUGGCUCCGGCUGACACCAUCCUGGUCAAUCUUUGCCUGGCAAACUUGCUGACAUCCAUCUUUCGAACGGUUCCCAUCUUCGUGUCUGAUUUUGGUCUGGAGGUGUCGCUGUCGCCCGGCUGGUGUCGCGUCUUUAUGCUCCUGUGGGUGUGGUGGCGAUCGGUGAGCUGCUGGGUCACUCUCGCCCUCAGCGCUUUCCACUGCGCCACACUGCGGCGCCAGCACGUCACCAUGGGUCCGCUAGGCCACCGGAGGGAGCGCAGACGGGUGUGGGUCAUUCUGGGCGUGGUUUGGGGCGUGAACCUGUUAUUUUCAGUUCCCGCGCUCGUCUACACGACCCACGUGCGUGGAAACAUCACGGUGGAGUUUAUGGUGAUCAGCUGCACGACGCGACCGCUGCUGGGUUGUGUUUGGCAGUUUCCAACAAAGCAGCAAGGCUACGCGUUUGCCUCCACGUCUCUGGCGCUGAAUGAGAUAAUGCCGCUGAUUUUAAUGGUGGGCACCAAUUUUGCGACCCUACACGCGCUGGCCAAGCACAUCAGGGCGGUGGCAGCGGGUGUAGUCACUGGUGGGGACGUAGACAAACAGACGUCUAGUGAGAGGAAGGCGGGUCACGUGAUCAUGGCUCUGGUCGCGCUGUUUGUGGGGUGUUGGGUGCUGCAAGUGGCCGCGGUCACGUAUUAUAACCACAACGGUGGCCGGCACGCAGAAGGACUCCUGACCGUCGCUCAUUUUUCAGCUUCGCUCUUUGUGGGGUUCAGCCCACUGGUCGUGGCACUCGGACACGGAAAACUGCGCAAGAGAAUUAAUGUCAUGCUGCAGCAUUGGGUACCGUGGAUCAAACGCUUGGAAGAGAAACACCCGGAAACAAGCAAACAUACAGCAGUAACACCAAAAGACAUCACAUCGGGUAAAGCAGAACACAUAAGGAAGAAGUGACUACAGUGUUUCACACCGUACACGCACACUCUCCUAAUAAUGAAAAUUGAGACACGCGCACUGUAUGCGGACCCUCAUGUAUGGUAAAAUUACCCAUAUUUCAGCCUUUAGGACCUGUGUACAGCACAGAAUUUAAACGUCAGCGAAUGCCUGAGGGCUUUAGUUGCUAUAAUACCCUUGUUUUAAUCAUAGUUGCUGUACUUUGCACCAGUCGGUUAGUGUGGUAUUUGUCCCACCCCUCCUCCACUGUGAUUGGACGACUGAGUGAAAAGUGACAUUGAAGAUCUCAGCGUAGGCACUCAGCCCUGCCUGUUUUUUUUAAGUGUGGGACCUCCACUAGAAGCAAUUACAACAUACAGUUUACCUGUAUAUAAGUGUACUGUAGAUGGCUAUAAUACAUCACUGUGUUGCUAUGAAUUCACCUAUUAAUGUAUUUAUGUUAUGAUAACAGAAUUAAACAAUCUCAGACACACACACAAUUUAUUCCACCAAAUGUUUAUUUGAAUCCCAUUGAUGCUCAACCUGUAAAACACAGAUACUUAUGAAUAUUAAUUAGGUAAUAAAAUAUUUCCAGUUGAUUUCCAGC